AUGAAGGCCACCUGGAUCCGCCUGCUGAAACAAGCCAAGGGAGGUCGUGUCAAGAACUCCGAUGCCUGUGGUUCGGCCGACUCGUACACCAGCCGCCCGUCCGACUCGGAUGUGUCCCUGGAAGAGGAUAAGGAGGCAGUGCGCAGAGAGGCAGAGCGCCAGGCCCAGGCACAGCUCGACAAGGCCAAGACCAAACCAGUCGCAUUCGCUGUUCGCACAAAUGUCAGCUACAGCUCCAGCCUCGACGAUGAUGUCCCUGUACCAGGCAUGGCCGUCUCCUUUGAGGCUAAAGACUUCCUGCAUGUCAAAGAGAAAUUCAAUAACGACUGGUGGAUCGGUCGUCUUGUGAAAGAAGGCUGUGAAAUCGGUUUCAUCCCCAGUCCAGUGAAGCUUGAGCACACACGUAUCUUCCAGGAUCAGCGAUCCAAGCAGGGAAAGUUCAGUAAAUUGGGAGCAAAUUCCUCCUCUAGUUUAGGUGACGUGGUUCCUAACUCACGGAAAUCUACUCCUCCGUCCUCUGCCUGUGACAUAGACGCCACAGGCUUAGACCCAGAGGACAAUGAGGUCCCAGCCAACCUGCGCUCCCCUAAAGCCAGUCCAAACACUGUCACACCCCUAGCAAAAGAGAAACGAAUGCCUUUCUUUAAGAAGACGGAGCACGUCCCCCCGUACGAUGUUGUGCCUUCCAUGCGGCCCGUGGUUCUGGUCGGACCAUCGCUGAAGGGCUACGAGGUGACGGACAUGAUGCAAAAAGCUCUCUUUGACUUUUUAAAACACAGAUUCGAGGGAAGAAUAUCAAUAACUCGUGUUACUGCAGACAUUUCUCUUGCCAAGCGCUCGGUCCUCAACAACCCCAGCAAGCACGCCAUCAUCGAGCGCUCCAACACGCGCUCCAACUUGGCUGAAGUCCAGAGUGAGAUAGAGCGUAUUUUCGAACUGGCGCGGACGUUACAAUUAGUGGUCCUCGACGCUGAUACGAUAAAUCAUCCGUCUCAACUGGGGAAGACGUCGCUCGCACCCAUUGUAGUCUACGUCAAGAUCACCUCUCCCAAGGUGCUGCAGCGUCUCAUCAAAUCCAGAGGCAAGUCCCAGGCCAAACACCUAAAUGUGCAGAUGGUGGCGGCCGACAAGCUGGCUCAGUGCACUCCUGAAAUGUUUGACAUAAUUCUGGAUGAAAACCAGCUGGAGGACGCUUGUGAGCACAUGGCUGAUUACCUGGAGGCCUACUGGAAAAGCACUCACCCCAGCAGCUGUAGCCCGCCUGAGCCAGUCCUGACCCAGACGCCCUCAGCCCCUCUAGCCACCAGCACAGCCCCUCUCCCCGCUUUACAGGGAGGCGUCCCUGAGCAGAGGAGUGACAAGGCUCUGGUGGAGAGAAAGAGCUCGAAAGAAGACCACCAGCAUCACCACCACCAUCCGGGCCAGGAGCACCACAACGACGCAGAGGAGGAGCCGGAGGAGGAGCGCACUGAGCCUUCAUCACGGAGACCUCAGCACGUCCACCACAGAUCGUCUUCCACCAGGACUGAGCACCACAACCACCACCAUCACCACCACCACCACCACAGCAGCCGCGGCAGGGGCCUGUCCCGGCAAGAGACUCUGGACUCCGAGACGCCAGAGAGCAGGGAGAGCAAAGAAUCAGCUUACACAGAGCAGCGGACACAGCUCCUCCGUCGGGAAGAGGAGGAGGAAGAGGAGGAGGAGGAGGAGGAGGAGGAAGAGGAAGAGGAUUUAGGGGAGGGGCAUCCACAGCAGCAGCAGCGCUAUGAGCCAGUGCCCCACCGGGACCACAACCACCACCAUCACCACCACCACAACAGAGCAGGGGACGAGGCCGGACACGGCACCGGACAGCACAGGUCCAAAGAGCGCGAGCAGGACCAUAACGAGCGCAACAAGCAGCGCUCACACCAUCACCACCGGCCCCCGCGGGACCACCACCACCACUACUACGACCGGGACAGAGACAGGGACCGAGAGGGGGAGGUGGCACCCAAAAAGAGGGGUGACACAGGGGAAUGGGCCAGAGACACGUACAUCCAUCCAAACAGACAAAAACCCUGA